GAAUUGGUACUGCAUGCAAAGACUGAUGCUCCUUUAGAAUCUGUAUUCCUAUAUACUUUGGUGUUAUACAGAUGGCAUUCUGACUUGAUUCUUGAUUCUUCAUUGCUUCAUCACCCACCCUGGUCUUGAAUUCGAAAUGUUGACUGCUAAUUACACCUGACUUCAAAUUUGAUGCAGAUCCAUAUCAGCCAUUAAGCAGAAAGAAGAAAGGAAAACAUAAUGUCUGAGCCCAUGGAUAUGGACGCAGGCACCGAAACAUCAAGAGGCACAAAAAGAAAAGCCGAGAGUGAACUCCCAGAAGUUACUGCCCCUGGGCGUAUCAAGGCAUUGGAUCCCGAUGUAGUCAAUAAGAUCGCUGCAGGCGAGAUCAUUGUAGCUCCGGUGCAUGCUUUGAAGGAACUCAUUGAAAAUGCCGUUGAUGCAGGCUCAACGUCCCUGGAGGUGCUGGUCAAAGAUGGCGGCUUGAAGUUAUUGCAAAUCACUGACAAUGGGCAUGGAAUUAAUAAAGAAGAUAUGGCAAUUCUAUGUGAGCGUUUCACAACUUCCAAGCUCAAACAAUUUGAAGACUUGACGUCGAUUGGAACGUAUGGUUUUCGUGGAGAAGCUUUGGCUAGUAUUAGUCAUAUUGCACAUCUCACUGUCACGACAAGGACGAAGGAUUCGAAUUGUGCCUUUAGAGCACAUUAUGAUAGUGGACGUUUGAUACCUGCAAAGCCUGGUCAAGGCUCUGAUCCAAAGCCCAUUGCUGGUCGUCCUGGUACACAAAUCACGGUGGAAGAUCUCUUCUAUAAUGUACCUACACGUCGUCGUGCUUUUCGAUCAGCCUCGGAAGAGUAUAACAAAAUACUUGACGUCGUCGGUAGAUAUGCUAUUCAUUGCAAGGGGGUAGCGUUCAGCUGUAAGAAGCACGGAGAGGCUAGCACCACAAUCUCAACACAGCUGGCUUCUUCCACUGUAGAUCGCAUUCGACAAAUUCAUGGCAGUGGAGUGGCAAAUGAGCUGAUUGAGUUCAAGUCUGCUGAUCCGCAAUGGGGGUUUACUGCUCAAGGAUGGACUACGAAUGCGAAUUAUCAUGUCAAGAAGACAACCUUACUUUUAUUCAUCAACCAUCGUGCGGUCGAGUCAACAGCUAUUCGAAAAGCAAUUGAGCAAACUUAUUCUGCCUUCCUCCCUAAAGGUGGCCACCCUUUUACAUAUCUUAACCUUGAGAUCGAACCUCAUCGGCUGGAUGUCAACGUUCACCCCACGAAACGCGAGGUCAACUUCCUCAACGAAGAAGAGAUCAUUGAGAAAAUAUGCAACGAUAUCCGUAUCAAACUUGCCGACGUAGACAAAAGUCGAAACUUUAUGACCCAAACCCUCCUUCCCGGAGCUCAAGUGCCACUGGUAGCCGACACGCUGGAUCCUGUCGCAUUCGCUGCCGCGGACAGAGCCCGAACCACUACUAGGCCAUAUGAGAACAACCUUGUUCGUACUGAUGCCAAACUCCGUAAAAUCACCACUAUGCUGCCACCUACUACCAAGCCUACAACAACUGCCAACAGAGAAGCCACCCCCAAUCCUUCUGGAAGCACCGUAGCCCCGAACUCCCAAGAUAUAGAAUACACCCACUCUGACCGCGAACCAAUUAUAUGUCGCCUCAUGACCAUCAAAGAGCUCCGUACCUCUGUCCGCGACUCUAUGCACAACGAGUUGACCGAAAUUUUCGCUAGCCACACCUUCGUUGGUAUAGUCGAUGAGCGUCGUCGCCUUGCUGCCAUUCAGUCUGGCGUGAAGCUCUUCCUCGUCGACUACGCCGCUAUAUCUUCUGCCUUCUUCUAUCAAGUCGGCCUCACUGACUUUGGCAACUUUGGAGAAAUUCGUUUCAAUCCCCCCUUAUCCCUCACAUCUCUCUUGACCCUUGCAGCCACUCACGAAAAAGCCACUCAGCCCCCGAAUACAUCCCCCGAAGAUGAUUUCGAAGUAGAAGACGUAGUAGAGAUCGUCUCCGAACAACUUAUCUCCCGCCGCGAAAUGUUGCAGGAAUAUUUCUCGCUCUCCAUUACCCCCGAUGGUCUUGUCGAAGGAAUUCCCCUCCUCCUCAAAAAUUACACACCGGCUUUAUCUAAACUCCCGCAAUUUCUCCUCCGUCUAGGUCCGCAUGUAAAUUGGAAUGAUGAGAAAGAAUGCUUUUCCUCCUUCCUACAGGAAUUAGCUAGAUUCUACGUCCCAGAACAAUUACCUCCAUCGCCCGGUCCAGAACAUCAAGAUGUGAACGAACCAGAAACUCAAACGACAUCCAUUUCUCCCGAGCUCAAACAACGCAGAGAUGCAGUGAGGAAAAUGGUCGAAGAUGUACUGUUCCCAGCUUUCCGCUCUAGGUUACUCGCUACGAGAGACUUGAUGGGGGGCGCGGUGCUCGAGGUGGCGAAUUUAAAGGGCCUGUAUCGUGUUUUUGAACGAUGCUGAGAGGUCUUUUAAUCCGAUUUCGGGGAGGUCGGAACGGUGAGAAAUGUAUAUGCAGGGUGUAUUUCGCUGUAUUAUAUAACAUAACUUGGAAUGGGGCGGACUGAGUUGGAAUGGCAUUAUAUACAUCAUUGCAUUGUAUCGUGUUGCAUGUGCUACUGGGUAGACUGAUAAUUAGACAUACUGUACUUUUGGGAUUCACAUCAUAUAUACAUAGCAUAGCACAUUAGAAAGGGGUAGCCGAGUCGAGGUUAGCAAUCGCAUUUUCUCGCUUUUUGGGAAUGGAGAAGUCUAUAGUAGGCACCAUAAUGGUUAGAGAUAGUAAGCAUAAUUACCAUAUCCUGUGCUCUAUACCUUUUCA